AUGCGGCACCGGGCGCACGGGUCGCUCCUGCGCCACGAGUGCGCCUACGUGCUCGGCCAGCUGCGCGACGCCGCCGCGCAGGCGUCGCUCGAGGCCGUGCUCGGGGACGAGGAAGAGGACGCGAUGCUCCGCCACGAGUGCGCCGAGGCGCUCGGCGCCAUCGGCGUCGGCGAGGCCGCGCUCGCGCGGCUCGCGGGGUCGCCCGACGCGCCCUGGGAGGUCGCCCAGACCUGCGAGAUCGCCGUCGACUUUUUGCGGUGGCGGCGCGGCGGCGCGGAGGGCCCCGUCGUCGCGUGCGCGUGCAUGCUGAGCCCCUUCAACUCGCACGACCCGGCGCCGCCGGACCCGGACCACGCGUCCUGGACCGCCGAGGCCCUCGGGUCGCGGUUAUCGGACGCGGGCGCGCCCAUCUUCGAGCGCUACCGCGCCAUGUUCUCGCUGCGGAACCGCGGCGGCGAGCGCUCCGUCGCCGCGCUCGGCCGCGCGCUCGUCGGCGACGGCUCGUCGCCGCUGCUGCGCCACGAGGUCGCCUUCGUGCUGGGCCAGCUCCAGCACCCGGCGGCCCUGCCCUUCCUCGCCGAGAGCCUGCGGCGCGCCGGCGAGCACGCGAUCGUCCGCCACGAGGCCGCGGAGGCCAUCGGCGCGCUCGAGGGCUGCUGGGACGCCUGCGAGGCCAUCCUCACCGAGUUUGCCGAGGACGCCGACGCCGUCAUCGCCCAGUCCUGCGAGGUCGCCCUCGACGCCGCGGACUAC